GUCUUUCAUCACUGGCAAUGCAAAGAGGCCGUGAUGAGGAAGUGGGAACAUGAAAAUCUGCAUUUCCUGGACCCGGGCCACCUGUCCUUCCCCGGGAUGGACUGCGUGGCCGGGUGGCUUCCAGGUCAGCUUUUGCAAAGUCGUGAAGAGGCAAGAGGGCUGGAGAGAUGGCACAGCAGGCAAAUGAAGAUAAAACAAUGUCUGCCAACCUAAAAUACCUUUCCUUGGGAAUUCUGGUAUUUCAGACAACCAGUCUGGUUCUGACAAUGCGUUAUUCUAGAACUUUAAAAGAGGAGGGACCUCGGUAUCUGUCUUCCACAGCGGUGGUCAUUGCUGAGCUCCUGAAGAUAACAGCCUGCAUCUUACUGGUCUACAAAGACAGUAAAUGUAGUCUAAGAGCACUGAAUCGAAUACUACAUGAUGAAAUUCUUAAUAAACCUAUGGAAACGCUUAAACUUGCAAUUCCAUCAGGGAUAUAUACUCUUCAGAAUAAUUUACUGUAUGUGGCAUUGUCAAAUCUAGAUGCUGCUACUUAUCAGGUCACCUAUCAGUUGAAAAUUCUCACAACAGCAUUGUUUUCUGUGUCUAUGCUUAGUAAAAAGUUAGGUGUGUACCAGUGGCUCUCCCUAGUAAUUUUGAUGACAGGAGUUGCUUUUGUACAGUGGCCCUCGGAUUCUCAGGAGCUGGACUCCAAGGACCUUUCGGCUGGCUCGCAGUUUGUCGGCCUCAUGGCAGUCCUCACAGCCUGUUUUUCAAGUGGCUUUGCCGGGGUUUACUUUGAGAAAAUCUUAAAGGAAACCAAACAAUCAGUGUGGAUAAGAAAUAUCCAACUGGGUUUCUUUGGUAGUAUAUUUGGAUUGAUGGGUGUGUACAUUUAUGAUGGAGAAUUGGUAUCAAAGAAUGGAUUUUUUCAGGGAUAUAACCGGCUGACUUGGAUAGUUGUUAUUCUUCAGGCACUUGGUGGUCUUGUAAUAGCUGCUGUUAUUAAGUAUGCAGAUAACAUUUUAAAAGGAUUUGCGACCUCUUUGUCCAUAAUAUUAUCAACACUGAUAUCCUAUUUUUGGCUACAAGAUUUUGUGCCGACCAGUGUCUUUUUCCUUGGAGCCAUCCUAGUAAUAGCAGCUACUUUCCUAUACGGUUAUGAUCCCAAACCUGCAGGAAGUCUCACUAAAGCAUAGUUGAAUACUGUCUUUAACUGUUUUCACAAUGGUGCACUGGAAACCUCAACAUUAGUCUUACACAGAGGAUACCUUCAGAUUCUAAGAAGAUAUCCCCAUGCUGAAUCUGAUCAUGUUAUUCAAAUGGUUUGAAAAUAUGUAACUUUAUGAAGGAAAUAUGUAUAUUUAACAAAAUAUCUAUUGCAUUUAGAAAUCAAAACUUGAAAGCAUUUCCAGGGAUUAGAAUUAUUGGAGGAAACUAUAAGUUUGAAUUUUAGAGAUGUUAGCUUUUCUGAUCGCUGCAGGACAGCCCUGUGCACACUGUAAGGGCACACGACAAAUGUCCUACAAACGUUGCCAACUAGGUUAAGUUUGUAUGUUUUUGACUUUUUUUUCUGAUACAGCAAAUUGUAAGGCAUAUUCAAAGGUUAUCAAUUAUAAUUACCUGUUAUGCUGUGAAGAAGUAGAUGUAUGAUUUGAAAGACUUUUUGUGUACCUGAGAUUUUUAUAUUUAUAUGAAAGAUUACUAAACAAUGAAUUGCAGAAUGCUAUUGUUCAACUACAGGAAAGUUGAGAAAAGUGAUAUUCUUGGUCUGAUUUGUCAGAGGAUGAAAUUAAUGUUUGUUUAACGUAGAAAAACAUAGACAUUUCUUUCUCCAUCUACAUUUUACGAUCCUGUAAUGCCAUGAAACUGGUGAGGGCAAUCCAUUGGCCACCAUGCUUGACUGUCGCCAGUGACUUUUGUACCGGUGGGGCUUGUCUUUAAUCUCAUAAUUAUAUUUCUUUUCUGUAAAUUAGAAAAAUCCUUUUUAUAAAUAUUGCUUUAAAUUAAAAUGUUGUGUUAAUUUCCACUGUAAUGAAAGAACUCAAGGGUUUAAAUAUUUGUGUAAUAAUUUAAAAUAAAAUAAUUAUUAUUAUUGCCUAAUAUCUCCACUUGGAGAUUUGAGAUUUAUCAAAGUGUAUACUGUAUGUAACUAGAAUGUUUGUGAAUGAGUAGUUUAUUCAUUAAGCUGUAUGAAUUUCCUUUAUUCUGUAACUGUUGAAAAAAAUACUACCAAACAAUAGUAGUACAAAUGUCAGUGAAUUGAGACCAUAAUGACUUUCCUUGGAGACAUUCUUGAUUGCUGUGUUUUAUUAUUUUUAAUGACACUGUCACCGCAAGCCCAAGGCUUCUUGGGGAAUUUUUCAGACCUUUGUUUGGUCUGGACGAGGCAGUGGAAUUUGAAGUUCCCUUAAUGUGCCCUAUAAAAGCCAUUGGGCAGGAACAAACAUUGCUUUGAAAUAGUGGUUUCUUGUCCUUUUUUAUUAGCACUGGAGGUGAGGUUGAAAAUUACGACUUAUUUUGUAAAUUGAUUCAAGGGAAAGAGAAUAUAGCAGAAAAAUAAGAUGAACUGGUGAGCAAAAAUACUUUGUAAAUUUGGACGUGGAUCUAAUAAUUAAAUACAGAAACAAAUCUAUUAAGUUUAAGAAAUAUUUUACUUUAUUCUUUUCAUUUAUACUUAAAUUUAAAAUUCCCCAUUUCUAUAAUAUAAUAUUGUGAAAAAAUAAUAAAUAUUUUUAUAUGA